CUAAACUAUGGGAAGUGCAAGAGCAGCGUCACCGUCGGACACCGACAAGUAACUGAGCUUGUGAAUUGGGAGAGAGAGUGACACCAGGAUGGGAAUGCUACAGUAGCAAGGCCGUGCCAGAACUGAGGCCCAACUUUCACCCCUCUGCUGCAUUUAGAACUGCUGCUCACUUUUUCGUAGCAGCUUGACAGCAGAGCAGUUAAACAAGACGACACACAUUGGAUACGUCCUGUGUUCCUGCGUGAGCAGAGCCCAGGCACGUAUAAUGACUGAUUGAAACUUACUGAAUCAAUGGACAAGAGGAAGUUCCCUGGCACAAUGUUCAGGCAAGUGGAUGCAUCAUCCAAAAGACGCCCUUGCGGUGGGAAUGGGCUCAACCUGCCCCAGCCUCCACCACCCUCCUCCUCCUCUAACCAGCAGGGUCGUAUCCGGGCUGUGGAGGUGGCGAGAGGAAGAACAGGGUAUGGCUUUACACUGUCAGGGCAAAGUCCGUGUGUCCUUAGCUGCAUAUUGAAGGGGAGCCCUGCAGACUAUAUGGGUUUGCGCUCAGGGGACUACAUCCUGUCCGUCAAUGACAUCAAUGUCUCCAAGGCGUCCCAUGAAGAUGUGGUCAAACUGAUUGGACGCUGCUCUGGUGUCUUGAAACUGGUCAUCGCUGAGGGAGAACGUCACAGGCGGCACCAUCACCACCAGCGCCCUGCUGGAAGUCGUCACCAUAGUAGCAACACAAUGGCAGCAUCUUACCUGGACUCCUGUUCUAGUGAUGAUGAGUUGGAUGGUUUCUAUGACAACAGUGUUAACAACAACAAUAACAGCAGGUCGGGUGGUGGAGCCCGUGGUGGAUGGUACAAACCCAAACUGGAUUCUAAGCAGCUGGGCAUCAACAGGGCAGAGAAAGUUGUGGCAGAGCUGCAAUCUGGAGGCAUUUUUAAUAUGAUCUUUGAGAACUCCAGCCACUCCUCCAGCAGCUCAGACAAGGACAGGCCUGCGGUUAGCUCUUCAUCAAAGCCACGUCCACUGUCUGAUCCAGAGUUCCCUCCAUAUCGUAACGCCCCCCGUUCCCAGAGCAACCCCAACCUGCUCUCUGAGGAGGAGAUGGCUCAAGUUCUGAAUGACGACUCAGUCUUCCUGGACUCGGACUUCCGUCAUCUCCACCUUCACCACCAUGAAGACUUGGAUGUGGGAGAUGGGGGUGACUUGGUCCUAGAGCCCAGCGAGGGAAUCCUCAAUGUGGGCAUGAUUGUUGGCUAUCUGGGCUCCAUCGAGCUGGCCUCCAUAGGGACAAGCUUAGAGAAUGACAGCCUGCAAGCCAUCAGAUGCAGCAUGAGGCGCCUCCGAGCUGAGCAGAAGAUCCAUUCACUGGUCCUCAUGAAGGUCAUGCAUGACAGUGUGCGUCUGUGCAGUGAUAGAGGUCAGGUUCUGGCCACCUAUCCUGCAGAGAAACUAGCCUUCAGCGCCUGUUGUCCGGAUGACCGUCGAUUCUUUGGACUGGUCACGAUGCAGGCCACCAACGACCAUGACGAUUGUCACUUCAGCAAUGGACGAGAUGAAGAGGGCGGUUUGAGGACUUCCUGUCAUGUGUUCAUUGUGGAUCCAGAACUCUGUCACCACCAGGUGCAUUUGGGUGUAGCGCGGAGGUUCGGCUUUGAGUGCACCCCCGACCCAGACACAGGAGGCUGCCUGGAAUUUCCACCUAGUUCUCAGCCUCUCCUCCAGUUUGUCUCCGUCCUGUACCGGGACAUGGGGGACAACAUUGAGGGCGUCCGGGCCCGAGCCUUCCACGAUCCAGACAAUGACGCCCAGCAGAACCACAGCACCAGCAGCAACAGUGACAGUGGGAUCGGAAACUUUUUACCAGAAGAGAAGAGCAACAGGGUGCUUUUAGUAGACCUUGGAGGUCCUCCUAACCACAACCAUGCCUCUGGACCACGCAACUGGGACAGCCCACCUUCAUCCCAGCAGGCCUGGAGCCCCACCUUAGGAGCCGCAGCCUCCCACCCACCUCCUCCACCUCCACCAGCUCUGAGAAAUGGCCACUACCGUCACGAACCACACCUGGCUGACCUCCCUCACCCUCUCCCUUUGGCUCACCCUGAUGUCCCUGGCAGGCACUCUCGAGGAGUCCACCCACACCACUACUCACCAGGGAAGCGGGGAGGAGCUGUGGGGGGAGGGGAAAAGAGAGGGGGUGGAGGAGUAGGAGUAGGAGUAGAGCAGCAGCGGUGGCUGCCAGUCCAUGUGCUGAGAGACUGGCGUCAGCAGCACCACCAUAGCCACCUCCAGGGCCUGAGCAGCGAUCAGGAGUCCUACGCCGAAUCCACCGACGGAUGGUCAUCAGCUAACUGCAGCACCCUGCCCCCACCCAUGAAUAAGAUCCCGGCUGACCGCUACCGGGCCCCACUGGCCCCCGGAGACCACCUGCCACCACCUGGAGGGUGCCAGCCUCCUCCUUUACAUCCUCACUCACACACCCACCGGCUAGCUGUUCAGAAAGAUGAGUGGGCUAAGAAGCUUUUUGGUGCUGGGGACAGGGAGAGAGCUGGAGCAGAGAGAAGUGAACGAGAGAAGAAACGAGGAAAUGCAAAGGAGGGAGAGAAAAAGAGUGGUCGGUUCCGUGGUCUGACCAUGGGCUUCCCCCCUCUCCCCCAGCGCUCCUCAGCCAGACGAUCCUUUGGACGCUCCAAACGUCUCAGCCUGGCCCGCUCUCUGGAUGACCUGGAGUCUGCUGCAGUCUCCGAUGGAGAACUUAACAGCGUGGAGCUGCAGGGCUGCAGCAGCGACAACAGUCUGAACAGUAAUGCCAGCCUGCCAAGCGUUCAGAGCCACCGGCGCCACACUGAGAGGAGAGUGGCCAGCUGGGCUGUCUGCUUCGAGAGACUGCUGCAGGAUCCCGUGGGAGUCCGCUACUUCUCGGAGUUCCUAAAGAAGGAGUUCAGUGAAGAGAAUAUCCUGUUCUGGCAGGCGUGUGAGUUCUUUAGCCACGUCCCUGAGAAUGACAAGAAGCAGCUCUCUCAGCGUGCCAGAGAGAUCUACAACAGCUUCCUGUCCAGUAAAGCUACAACACCGGUCAACAUAGAUAGUCAAGCUCAGCUCGCUGACGACAUACUCAACGCCCCCCGACCUGACAUGUUCAAGGAGCAGCAACUGCAGAUCUUCAACCUGAUGAAGUUCGACAGCUACACACGGUUCCUCAAGUCUCUGUUGUACCAGGAGUGCAUGCUGGCGGAGGUGGAGGGGAGGCCCCUGCCUGACCCCUACCACAUCCCCAGCAGCCCCACCUCCAAACACAGCACCACCGGCUCUGACCGCUCCAACCUCUCCACACCAAAGAAGGAGGACAAAAAAAGCAAGUCGGGCAGAUCUUUAAAUGAGGACAGUCGAGAAGAUUCAGGAGACCGGAGGAAAGGCAUGUUCUUCUCCUGGUCCCGCAACAGGAGCUUUGGCAAAGGCCCGAAGAAACGCGAGCUGGCCGACUUCAACUACAAUUUCUCUGGCAGCAAUGGUCGCCGUGAAUCCCAGGGUUCGCUGUCUUCAGGAGCCAGUCUGGAGCUGGGGACAUCAGGGUCAGGGAGGAAUGAGGCUGAUGUUUCCCGUGGCGCAGUAUCAGUGUCAGCAGAGCGAGGAGGGGGCAGCGCCCCCUUGAGGCAGUGUAACAUAAGCUUGCCGGAUGGCUCAUGUUGCUCAGUGCCGCUGAGGGCCGGCGUGUCCAUCAGGGACCUGUUGCUGGGCCUGUGUGAGAAACUCUGCAUCAACCUGGCAGCUAUAGACCUCUUCCUGGUCGGAGGGGAGAAGCCACUUGUUUUGGAUCAAGACUGUAUGACAUUGUGCUCUCGGGAUCUCCGACUAGAGAAACGCACUCUCUUCAGACUUGACUUGGUCCCUAUUAACCGUUCUGUGGGCCUAAAAGCAAAGCCCACCAAGCCAGUGACUGAGGUCCUCAGGCCUGUGGUGGCCAAAUACGGCCUGCACCUCUCUGACUUGGUAGCACGCAUUAGUGGAGAGUUGGAGCCAUUAGAUCUAGGCCUUCCUAUAUCCAACCUGGAUGGGCUGCGAGUGGUAUUAGAUAUAGCAGAACACACUCCUGGUAAAGCAGACAAACAGAAGGUAGUAGUCCCCUCGACAAGCAGAAACCAAUCAACAACAGGGGAGAACAGGCCGUCAGGGAAAGCCGGUUCAGCCCACCCCCAUGGGGAAAAUGGCAAGGCUGGGCCCAGCCCUGACACAAGCAGCCAGCCCUUACCCAACCACUCUGUCUCUCUCCAUAAGGCUCCGGAGAAAAGAAAGCAGAAAAAGAUAAAUAUAGACGAAGCUGAAGAGUUCUUCGACCUCAUAUCCAAAGCUCAGAGCAACCGAGCAGACGACCAGCGAGGCCUGCUAAACAAAAGCGACCUGCAGCUCCCAGACUUUCUGCGCCUGUCGCCAGUGGCAACCAACCAGGCUGCGCCUCCUCCCUAUGACCCCGAGCCCAGUUGCUCCACCCCGUAUUCCUGUAACCCCAACAACGGCAGCUUCCCUAGCAGCGGUCGCCGGGGCAAUAAGGCGAACAGCAAUGACAGGGGAGGAGGAGGCAGCAGCCACUUGCUCAAUGCAACCCAUCAGUCCCAGAGCUUGGACUCUGCACUGGGCACUGAGAGUGGAGGGGGGAGGAAAGCCAGACCGCCUCCUCCGUUUCCUGGCACCAUCUCCCCCAUCCACCCAUCCCAGGGUGCCCAGCGUUGUCUCCUCCAGGACUCUGUCAGGGGAGAAUCGGUCCAGAUGUUGGAGGAGGACACCCUGUCUGAUCUGACUCUUGUGGGAGAGGGGGACAUUAACAGCCCCAGCCUCAACUACGUCACUCCCUCAGCCCUACAGUGCAAACACCACCCCCGACCCCAACAACAAGCACAGGACGGUCGGCCUAGCUCAGGUACUUCCCCCGUGUGAACUCUUGAAACUUUUCACCUCUUCCUUCACCUGACUGCGAGCGGGACUGGAGACCCAGUGAAGUCAGUUUGAAGUUUCCUGUUGGUCACUCAUUGGUCUGUGGCUGAAUGGCCCAGAAUGCAUCCACAACUCCUCCUUUAACUUCAUAAAUCACUUUCUACUGUCUAAUUAAAAAAUAUGGAACAUUUCAUUCCACAUUCAAGUGUAAAAUACAUUAAGUAAUGUAACAUGCAGUAGAUGUGAGUGUUAAUUUAGUCAACAACGGAUAUAGUGAGUUGAUAUAGUGAUGUAUGCACUACCCUGUGACCAGCAUCUACUGUAAGUCAACAGCACCCUGAACACAAAAUAGAUCAGACGCAGGAGGAGAGGAAAAAUGGAUGCAUUAGGCUCGGACAGAACUUGUCCUUGAAAUUUCCCUGUGUGGUGUGUAUCUGUGUGAACUUUGACUGGACUUGCUGUGGAUUUCUUUCUGAGACGUAACUUUGAUGACGAUCGCAGGAUGGAUUUGUGAUGACCAGUGCCAAACCCCCCCCCACCCCCCCCCCACCCCCACCCCCUUCUCCAAAUGUACAGAGUCUAACAAUGCACUUUAGCCAAUUACAAACAAGACUUUACAGAACUUUACACUUUUUAAAAAUCAGUUUCUCCUCGCUUAUUUUUUUUUUUUACUUUAACCUUUAAAAUGUUCAUUUGAUUGUCAUGCUACAGCUGGUCACAAGUUCAGAAAACAAUUAGCUAGCAGUCACUAGCUGUUCCAAAUCCACGGUGGUAUGGAGGCGACAUUACUGCACUUCUAAAUGGACCAUUUAUCAUUUUCAUCUUACUUCAUUCUUUUGAGCACACUGCAUGCUGAUACAGCGAGCCAGACCCCAUAAAUGCAAACAUAAUGCUUCAGCACCAUGAACACAUGCAUUUGCUCAGCUGUUCUUUAUCGACUCGGGCACAGAACAUUCUGUGUUUCCACCACAGUCCUCUCACCUCAGGCGUUUCUCGUGUCACUCAUGAAGACAGACUAUAGAGAGUGCACACACAUGCAGCCUCGCUCUCUGACCAAAUGAUUCACAAACUUCUGCACUGACUGUACACGAGCAAUUUUCUCUCUUUCAGCUCCAUUUUUCCGCUUUGCACUACAUCACGCAGCAGCAUCUGUUUCUAUUUUUUGCACAGUUCAACAGUGUUUUAAACUAUCUUUCCCUGCAGGGUUUUAGCUGGAAAAAAAGGUUCUAACAAGUCAAACCGUUUCACUUUUUAAAGGUUUUACUCUUACUUUAUCCUGCGCUAUUAAUUUAUCCCAUGUCCUUUUCAUUUUUACAGUCUAUCAGUUAAAAGUAUUAAUUUGUAUAUAGUCAACUUUGUGAAAUCACCAUAUUGCUGUAGUCAUUCGAAAUGCAAAGCAGCCAUGCUGUUUCUUCAGUUGUGCCGCAGUAGAAUUCAGUUCUCCUCUGUUCUGUUCAGUUGACUGUACUGUCUGUAAAUAGAUCAAAUAAAUGUUGAACGUUGAACUCUC